AUGGCGACUGAAAUCCGACAGCAAUUGGAGCCUUGGUCUCACCUCACCGGCAAAACUGUCAUGGUCACCGGCGCUUCCUCCGGCCUCGGCCUCGAAUUCUGCCUUGACCUCGCCAAGGCUGGCUGCAGAGUCGUGGCCGCAGCCCGCAGAACCGACCGCCUCAAGUCCCUUUGCGAUCAAAUCAACGCAAUGGACGAGGGCGGCCCUUGUCGCGCUAUCGCGGUGGCUCUCGAUGUCACCUCUGAUGGCCCCACCAUUGCAGCCAGCGUCGACAGAGCUUGGGCCGCCUUCGGUUCAAUUGAUGCUUUAAUUAACAAUGCUGGUGUUAGAGGGCAAGUGAGAUCAUCUAUAGAUCUCGCCGAGGAGGAAUGGAACAGUGUGGUGAAAACAAACUUGAGUGGGUCUUGGUUGGUGUCCAAGUACGUCGGCGAACGGAUGCGCCGUGGCGGCAGCACAGCCGGUGGCUCAAUCAUCAACAUCUCAUCGAUUUCCGGCCUAAAUCGACCGACGUUUCGCGGUGGUGUUGCCUAUGGUGCAUCUAAAGCUGGCCUUGACUCCGUCACCAAGAGUAUGGCCAUAGAAUUGGGAGAUUAUAAUAUAAGGGUGAACUCAAUCGCUCCAGGAUUAUUUAAAUCUGAAAUAACAGAAGAUCUACUUCAGAAAAAUUGGCUGAAAAAUGUUGCAGAGAAAUCAAUUCCAUUAAAGACAUUUGGGACAUCAGAUCCAGCGCUAACAACUCUUAUUCGUUACCUAAUUCACGACUCCUCUAGUUAUGUUUCUGGCAAUGUUUUUAUUGUCGAUGCUGGUUACACCCUCCCAGGCUUUCCAAUUUUCUCCUCUCUUUAGAGGUAGAAAAUUAAUUACUUCGUUUAUAAUUAUUGGCUAUUGCGUAAUCACAUUUUCCUUUUAUAUGGAAGAUCAGAACUGCAUUUGAUUGCUUAUAAAAAGUCAGUAAGGUUUGUGCAAAGCUGAGAGCACUAUAAUAUAUACUCCCUCCAUCCGACA